CUGUCGAUUUGGAAGUUCCGGGGAAGCAGCGCAUGCGCGAGUGUACGCGUUGCCGGCGAAGAGGGGAGCCUGACGACUCGGAAAUUUGAAUACCACAGUAGCAUGGAGUGUGACCUCUUGGAGUCUGACAUCUUGGAGUCGUUGGAAGAUCUAGGUUACAAGGGUCCAUUGUUAGAAGAUGGCGCUCUGUCUCAAGCAGUCUCUGCUGGAGCCAGUUCCCCUGAGUUUACCAAACUCUGUGCUUGGUUGGUGUCUGAAUUAAGAGUGCUCUGUAAACUAGAGGAAAAUGUUCAAGCAACCAACAGCCCAAGUGAAGCUGAAGAAUUCCAACUUGAGGUGAGUGGCCUGCUAGGGGAGAUGAACUGUCCAUAUCUUUCACUGACAUCUGGGGAUGUGACCAAGCGCCUUCUCGUUCAGAAGAACUGCCUCCUUUUGCUCACAUACCUCAUCUCAGAACUAGAAGCUGCCAGAAUGCUCUGUGUGAAUACUCCUCCAAAAAAAGCUCAAGAAGGAGGCGGUAGUGAGGUCUUUCAAGAGUUGAAAGGCAUAUGUAUUGCUCUAGGAAUGUCCAAACCUCCAGCCAAUAUAACUAUGUUCCAAUUCUUCAGCGGGAUUGAAAAAAAAUUAAAGGAAACAUUAGCAAAAGUUCCACCUAAUCAUGUGGGAAAGCCUUUAUUGAAGAAGCCAAUGGGACCGGCCCACUGGGAAAAGAUAGAAGCAAUUAACCAAGCCAUAGCCAAUGAAUAUGAAGUUCGGAGAAAGCUGCUAAUAAAACGUUUGGAUGUCACUGUCCAGUCUUUUGGCUGGUCUGACAGAGCUAAGAGUCAGACUGAAAAAUUAGCAAAGGUUUACCAGCCAAAACGCUCAGUCUUAUCUCCUAAAAGUACUAUUGCUGUUGCCCAUCUUUUGGCCGCAAGACAAGACUUGUCAAAGAUUUUAAGGACAAGCAGUGGCUCUAUAAGAGAAAAGACUGCCUGUGCCAUCAACAAGGUAUUGAUGGGCAGGGUUCCUGACAGAGGAGGUAGACCCAACGAAAUUGAACCUCCACCCCCAGAGAUGCCACCAUGGCAGAAAAGGCAAGAUGGCCCCCAGCAGCAAGCAGGAGGCCGAGGAGGAGGGAGAGGUGGUUACGAACAUUCCUCGUAUGGAGGACGAGGAGGUCAUGAACAAGGAGGAGGGAGAGGUGGACGUGGUGGCGGUGGCUACGACCAUGGUGGCCGAGGGGGAGGAAGAGGAAAUAAGCAUCAAGGAGGCUGGACAGAUGGAGGGAGUGGAGGAGGAGGUGGCUACCAAGAUGGUGGUUACCGAGAUUCGGGUUUCCAGCCAGGUGGCUAUCAUGGUGGCCACAGUGGUGGCUAUCAAGGCGGUGGUUAUGGUGGCUUCCAAACAUCGACAUAUACGGGAAGUGGAUACCAGGGUGGUGGAUAUCAGCAGGACAAUAGAUACCAGGACAGUGGGCACCAUGGUGGUGAUCGAGGCAGUGGUCGAGGAGGGAGAGGUGGUCGUGGAGGCCGAGGUGGACGUGGUGCAGGCCAGGGAGGAGGUUGGGGAGGAAGAGGGAGCCAGAAUUAUCACCAAGGGGGACAGUUUGAACAGCACUUCCAGCAUGGAGGUUACCAGUAUAAUCAUUCUGGAUUUGGACAGGGAAGACAUUAUACUAGUUGAGGCUACACACCUUACAUUUUGCUAGAGCUCAAGUAAUAGAAACUUAGUUUCAGAAUCCUGAAUCCAGCAUGGAUUUUGAAUUAAUGUGACACCAGAGGUGGCAGGCAGAUUUCUGCUUGGCAUAAGCAUUUGUAGGUCUUCAUUCAAUACUGUUCUUUUUUUUUUUUUCCCCCCCUUAAUGGACUUACAUAAUGCUUGUUUAUUUGAGAAACACAUACAGUACUCUCCUUUGUAUGAAGAAUUUCUUAACAGGUAAUUAUAAUUGCCUUUAAUUGACCAGUAAACUAAUUCCACAGCCAGAACAUGCAUACUUUUGUGAAGAAAUUACUUGAAUAAGUAGUUUUCAUGGUUUUCAAUAUGUGAUUUUGAAAAAUGAGGAUUCUCCUAGAUUUUUUUAGAUUAACAACUAGGAAACCGUCCUCAUUAUUAACAAUCCAUUUAUAUGUGUUUUCCUUAAAGUAUUCUAAUGCCUAUUUUCCAAGCACAGUUCUGCCCUGAUUGGCUUUUUAUUCAAAGAGGUUAUGCAACAUUUGCUUCAUAAUAGAACUUUUAGAUCAGUUCCUAUUAAAUGAGCUCUUCUGCAAACAGCACAGUCAGUAGCCUUAUCCUUUCAGUGGAAUACUGUACCAUAUGCUCAACUCUGAAAACCUUGAACACGGCUAAAAUCCGUCAAGAUUAUAAGAGCAAACUAAGUUGUGAACCUAUAGUACAUGUAGGCAUUUAGUUUAAGUAGAGCAAUUCAAACUGACCUGCAUCCAUUCAAAACAAGUUCCUCCUUCACCUUAUUUUUACUUGAAAUCUGCUAGAAGAAACAGCAAUCUGAAAUUUGUUUUAUGCACGAGUUAAUACCACUGGCUCAGCAAAUACAAGUUAAUUUGCUUUGGGCAGGAGACUUUUUGUAAUGGAAGAAAUGCACUACCAAGUUAAGAGGACAGAUUUUGCUUAGAGCAGGAGGCCCUUUAUUAUUGCUGCAGAACAAAAGCCUGGCUGAGUUGAUGUUUGACACUCUUCUUUACUGAAAUCUACAUGACACUUGUUGCUGGGUUUUUGUACACGUAAAUAUUGUCAAGCUGUGAAAGAAAAUGGCUGGAGGUGUGCUUUGUGUGAAAGGUGAGCAAUAAAAGUGUAUGUUCUCUC